GGACCGGCCUUCCCCGGCGGCUGGAGGCGGUCACCGGUGUUGUCCCGGGGGGCCAGGGCGAGAGGGGCCAUGCGGACGGCGCAGGAGCCUGGAGCCCGCAGCCCGGCGCUCCUCCCUUGCGCGGCGGCUUGGCGGCCCCGGGAGUAACCGCUGCCUUUGUUCCCGAGCGCCGCGUCCCUCCUUGUGUGUUCCCGGUCCCCGAGCCACCCCCGCCCCCUCGGCUCGUGCCGCGCGGAUGCGGCUGCCGGAGCUGGGUUUGGGCUUUGAGCGGGAGGAGGUGGAGGAACGGCGGCCCCGGGCGGCAUGCGAUGGGGAACUGCUGCUGGACACAGUGCUUCGGGCUGCUCCGCAAGGAAGCGGGGCGGCUGCAGCGUGUAGGAGGCGGCGGAGGAUCUAAGUAUUUCAGAACAUGCUCAAGAGGUGAGCACUUAACAAUUGAGUUUGAGAAUCUAGUAGAAAGCGAUGAAGGAGAGAGCCCAGGAAGCAGUCAUAGGCCUCUUACUGAGGAAGAAAUUGUUGACCUAAGAGAAAGACAUUAUGAUUCUAUUGCUGAAAAACAGAAAGACCUUGAUAAGAAAAUUCAAAAAGAGUUAGCCUUACAAGAGGAGAAGUUAAGACUAGAAGAAGAAGCUUUAUACGCUGCACAGCGUGAAGCAGCCAGGGCAGCAAAGCAGCGAAAGCUCUUGGAGCAAGAAAGGCAGAGAGUUUUACAGCAAUGUCUUCCUUCCAGCAAUGGAGAAUAUCAAAGUUCAGGACCAGAAGAUGACUUUGAAUCAUGUUUGAGAAAUAUAAAGUCACAGUAUGAAGUUUUCCGAAGCAGUAGACUCUCAUCUGAUGCCACAGUUCUUACACCAAAUACAGAAAGCAGCUGUGAUCUAAUGACCAAAACCAAGUCAACCAGUGGGAAUGAUGACAGCACAUCCUUAGACCUGGAAUGGGAGGAUGAAGAAGGAAUGAACAGAAUGCUUCCUAUGAGAGAACGUUCCAAAACAGAGGAAGACAUUCUCCGGGCAGCGCUCAAGUAUAGCAGCAAGAAGACGGGAAGUAAUCCUACAUCAGCCUCCGAUGAUUCCAAUGGCCUGGAAUGGGAGAAUGACUUUGUUAGUGCCGAAAUGGAUGAUAAUGGCAAUUCUGAGUAUUCUGGGUUUGUAAAUCCUGUAUUAGAACUGUCUGAUUCUGCCACAAAGCAGUGUGAUACAGAUCAGCAGACUCGGUAGAGUAAAAUUGUGUGACCCUGUUUAUCAGUUAUGACCAAAUGUUAAAAAACUAGAAUGUAUAAAUGGUUGUGCUGAGACUUUUUGUAAGGGAAGGUAAGAAACCAUGUUGCAAAUGCUUAUUUUAUUAGAAAGGAGUAAGGAUAGAUCUGAAUCGCUUCAGAAUUAAGUGCAAUUUCAUCAUCUGCCUUCUGCUUUUUCCAGACCAAUUGAUUGGUUCUGUCAUUUACCAA